AAACAAAGAUUGCACAACAAGUGUGUGUGUGUAUUUUGCAUAUUUAUAAUGUCAGUGGAAGGUCCUCACAAAACAAAGAUUGCACAAGUGUGUGUAUUUUACAUAUUAAUGAUGUCAGUGGAAGGUCCUCACAAAACAAAGAAUUCAGAGUGGGCGUGUGUAUGUUGCCUAUUAAUGGUGUCAAGUGUGUGUGUUGUCUAGUAAUAUCAAUAGAAGGCCUGGGCCUUACAAACAUCUCACAAACAGAGAGAGACUGUGUGUGUCGUAGGUACAAUCAAGUAGAUUCAUUCUAUAAUCGAUCACUUUGAUGAGCAGCUGUUUUCUAUUGUGGAAGGUCCUCACAAAUCACAAAGAUAACAUGACAAGUGUGUGUUUGUUUGUCUAAUAAUAAUAAUGUCAGUGAAAGGUCUUUACAAAGAUCGAAUGAGAAAAGUGUGUGUGUCCGUCCAAGGGUCAGCGUGUCGAGUCUACGAGGUGCGCGCGCCGGUUGGUCUGUGCCAAGGUGACACGAGCGCGCAAUAGAACCGGGUAGGGGGGUUGUGGGCGUGGCCAAAAAAAGAGCCGUGCGUUUCCUGUCGGAAUGAGCACGUGCUUCCGUGAGAGGUCCCUCCGUCAAGUCGCCGCCGCCGCCGCCGCGUGUGUGUCGUGUCGUGUCGUGUCCAGCCCCCUUUAAAUCGCGCCCACGCCGUGAGGCUUUCCCCGGGGGGUUGCGUGUUUCUUUUCCGUCUCCUAAAGGAAACGUGCGCACGAGACGAGCAGGGGUCAUGACGCUAGAGGCGAUCCGGUACCGGGCCGGGUCUCUGCAGAUCCUCAACCAGCUGCUGCUGCCGUGCGAGACGGUGUACGAGGAGAUCCGCUCGGUGCAGGACGGAUACGAGGCCAUCAAGAGCAUGAAGGUGCGUGGUGCUCCUGCCAUUGCCAUUGUAGGCUGCCUGAGCAUGGCAGUGGAGCUGAGGGCAGGUGCCGGGGGCGAAGACCCCGUGUCCUUUAUCAGGGAGUCUCUGUGUCACCUGACCUCAGCACGACCCACCGCCGUCAACAUGGGGCGAGCGGCGCGAGAGCUAAUGGAGUUCACUGAGAACGAGAGCAUGGAGAAAGGUGGAGAGCAACUCAGAGAAAGCGUCAUUGGUUGGAUUGAGGAGAUGCUGGAACGAGACGUGAACGAUAACCGGAAGAUUGGUAACUAUGGCGCCCAGCACAUCCUGUCCGGUGUUCCGAGAGACUCCGUCACCAUCCUCACACAUUGCAACACGGGCAGCCUGGCCACCGCUGGAUAUGGCACCGCUCUCGGAGUGGUGAGGUCACUGCAUGCUCUGGGUCGUCUGAAGCGGAUGUACUGUACGGAGACCAGGCCGUAUAACCAGGGAGCGCGACUCACAGCGUACGAGGCCGUAGCCGAGGGUUUCCCGUCUACGCUCAUCGCAGACAGCAUGGCCGCUCUCGCCAUGAGGGAGAAAGGCAUCACAGCGGUCGUCGUCGGGGCAGAUCGUGUUGUUGCUAAUGGCGACACGGCUAACAAAGUGGGAACGUACCAGCUAGCCAUUGCUGCAAAGCAUCAUGGGAUACCAUUCUACGUGGCGGCUCCCAGCACAUCAUGUGACCUGAGUCUGGAGAGUGGGAGAGACAUAGUGAUCGAGGAGAGACCACCGGAGGAGCUCACCAACAUUAACGGUGUUCCUGUUGCUGCUCCAGGUAUCAGCGUGUGGAACCCGGCGUUUGACGUCACUCCCCAUCAGCUGAUAACAGGGGGGAUCAUCACGGAGCUCGGUGUCUUUCUGCCCUCUGAGCUGCAGGCUGCUCUCACCGGCCGUCUCACCGCCUUGUAGGCUCUACGCCGCCCCCACAGGGCACAGUGUGUUACUGCACCUUCAUUACCACCUCACAGCUCAUGCCCUCGUUCCCUUUCCUUCUCUCACACACACACACACACACACACACACACACACACACACACACACACACACACACACACAUGCAGAGGGAAGUGUAAAUUACACCACCAUGCAUUUUCACACUCUUACACCGACUGGAACACUUUUAUAUCACACACAAGGCUGUUUCAGUUUUCCACAACCAAUCAUUUUUAUUCUUUUAUCACUUCUCAUGCCCUUCUCUUUCCCCUCUUUCUCGCUCGGCUCCAGUCCUCACCGAAUGGUGGUGUGUGUGUGUGUGUGUGUGUGUGUGUGUGUGUGUGUGUGUGUUAUGAUUUCAGAGCGCAGCUCUCACCAUGGUGUCUAUAAUGACCUCACUUCACAUGUAUCCACAUCUUUCAUUUUACAGAAUUCGCUUCGAGUUUGGUUCUUAUCUCCCAAAAAAAAAGGGCUAUCCAAUAGUGUACGUGUAUAAAAUCAGCCACACACACACACACACACACACACACACACAAGUAUAAAAUAGUAUUUCUAACUUGGUUAAAUCCACAAAGCCUGAAAUCAGCCACUGAAAUAAUAAUGAUGGAAAAAGUCAUGUGACUUUAGGAUUUAUUUAAUUAAGAUUCUCACAUCAACACUUCGUCCGUCAGUCAUUCUCUCCAAGUAUUAUAAAACAAAAAAAUCUAUAUAUUCAUGCUAAAACAAAGCUGGAACUUGGCCACGACCAGUUCCCCAAAAGCUCCAUGAUCCACAGAGCUCUGUUUUUUUUUUAGUUAGGAAAAUCUGGAAUCUGUGUAGCCUCAUUUUUGUUCUACACUCCUGAGCAAAAAAAAUGGGCCACAUUACUCAGAAUCCUCUGUUCCUACUUCUUCUGUUUCAUCCUCACCAUGAACAUCUUUCAAUCCAGCCACAGGAUUUAAAUAAAGCUCAUGUAGAGGGCAUGUAGCCGUACUGAAGUGUAGACCUGGAGAACGGGGAGGAGCAGGGACUUGGUAAAGGUGGCAGGUCGGUCGGGAACAACGACAUUUUCCUCAGAUUUGUUGCUAAAACGUUAAAAAAGGCUUCUUAGAGAUUAUAUUCGUCGACGUCUAUCCAGGCGCAUGUUUUUUUCCACCAUAUUGAUUUACAGGAACUUUCAACUAUAUUGCAUUGAAUUUUCCAUUUUCUUGGAAAGUUGUUCACCUCAGCAGAAGUAGACGAAAGAACAGUGGCUCAGAAGAGUUUUUGCUCAAUUUCUGACCAAUAAUUCGGUGUUUAUGUUCGUUAAAUAUUUAAAUGUAUUACUAAAUACUAAAAGCCCUUUUUUUGGGGUCUGGCUCUUUUUUUUUUUUCCUCAGGAGUGUGUUACGGUCCAUGUAUGUUGCGUUCAUUUGUUUAAAAAUGAUUAGAGAACCAAGUAUUUCCUGCCUUGCACUGGAACCUUUGUUUGUUUUUCCCAUAAAAUGAUUUUUUAAAUAAAAUAAAUUUGAUUUUGUUUUUA